AUGGCCGAGCAAGGCACGAUGUACCACGAGAUGUACCGCAAUGCGAGCAUCGGCGGUACACUUGCAGACACACUCGACGACCUUAUUAGCAGCCGUCGUAUCGAGCCUCAGCUUGCCAUUAAGAUCAUGGCCAACUUCGACAAGGCAAUCGCGCAGAUUCUUGGUGAAAAGGUCAAGGCAAGAAUGAGCUUCAAGGGACAUCUCGACACGUACCGUUUCUGCGAUGAUGUGUGGACUUUCAUACUCAAGGACGUCAAGGUCAAAUUGGACAACUCGCAGCAGAUUGAGGUCGAGAAGGUCAGAAUCGUCAGCUUGCUGAACGCCAACUCCGCCUCCAACAGCGGAAAGAAGUAG